AUGUCACCAACUCACCGUCUCUUUCUCUUCCCCACUGCCUCCGGUUUCUUCCAUUAUCUUUCUCGAUUUUCUUUGCCUCCUCUCAAACGACGAACAACUCCUUCCUUCUUCCUCCUUCCACAUAGUACCUCACCAAGAUGUGUGGUUUGGGAUAUGAUAAUGCUACCAGCUCAUCUUCCUCUGCGAACUUUCACUCUCACAAGAGCCCCAGGUAGAUCGAUCGAAAGCUUCAAAAAUAAUCCCAUUAUCCCCCUUUCUUCCACAAGGGUUAACAAACAUUCUUCAUUCAAGCUUCGAUGCAUCAGGAAAGAUAGUUAUCACAAAGCAUCUCAGGUUUUGUUGAGGUUGGUGGAGCCUUCUGGUGGAAGCAUAAUCAUUGAUGGAAUCAACAUCUCCACCCUCGGACUCCAUGAUCUCAGGUCUCGGUUUUGGAUCAUUCCUCAGGAACCAAUCCUUUUUGAAGGCACUCUGAAAAGCAAUAUCGCCCCUAUUAGCCAACAUUCUGAUGAAGAGAUUUGGAGGAGUCUUGAACGAUGCCAAUUUAGUUAUGUAAUAGCUUCAAAAUCUGGUAAACUAGACUCUGCAGGUGAUGUUCAUGGACGAAGCAACGACUUCAGUGGAUUCACAAAUAGCUUUUCCGCUACAUUUGUAGCUUGCUUCAUUAAGUUAUUAUCAAAUGGAAGGUCUGAUGAGAGCAUGGAAGCCAAUAGCACAUUUGAUGCUAGCCACAUCAAGUCCAAGAAUGUAAGAACAUUUGAUGCGUGUCAAAGAAUUUAA